AUGAACUCCAAAAUAGCUUUUCUGAAACGGUUCGAAAUUGCAAAAGAAGAUCUAAAACAGUCCAUUUGCCGGCAGGUGGAUGACUUUUUUGCCGCUUUUGUGGAGGAGUUUAUAGAGCCCAAUGGUAACGGGCAUGCUUCGACCUCAGCAUUGCCCUCCAGUGACCGCAAACGACCCUUGGAAAAGAAUAAACAGCAAUUUCAACCAGCAGAAGCAACUACAAAAGCUGAUAAGCACAUGCUGCCUAAUCCGAAUAACGGUUGCGACAAUGGCAAACACAAAAGCAGUAGUUGCCCGUUUGACGAUGACAGCCACAGCCUUCAGAUUCUCUCCAACAUGCUCCAGGUGGACUUUAAUCAGCCAUCACUGCAGUCUAAAUCGAAACGACAGAGGAAAUGCCCAUCUAAAUAUGAGUCUGAACUUUGCAGCAAUGAUUCGAGCGCCUUUCGAGGCAUUUUUCUCGCGGCCAAGUCGGUGAUUGACGCUGAGUUUCUAGGAGACGCAGAUGAGGAGAAUGGGGAUGAAGAGGAAGAGGAAAGCGAUGGUGAAAAUGGUGGCAGCAGAGACAGCGAAGUGCCCCGCAACACCUUCGCCUGUCCAGUGGCUGACUGCAGCAAAGUCUUCUCCAGCGGCAGCAAGCUUAGCCAGCACCAGAAGAACAUGCACUUCAAGCGAUACCACUGCACUAGACCAUCUUGUAACCGGUCAUUUCACAACAAUUUCAUGCUACGUGUUCACGAGAACACCCACGCCGGCAUUCGCCCUUUCAAGUGUCGCUGGGCGGAAGGUGGUGUGCCCUGCUCCUAUGAUGCCCCUCAAAGAUCUGACGUUCUCAAG